AUGCGAGCCGUGAUUGACAGCUCGGAAAAGCGCUUGAGUGAGCAGAGGAAGUGCAACGAGGAAGCUCGCGCCCGUCAGCUGCAGAAGAAUGUGACGGUUGCUCUCUGCGGCCUCGCGCUCCUGGGCAUUUUUGCUGUCACUAACAUCGUCCUUCUGCAGUCCGUGCUACGAGAUCCCCUUGGAGGGGAGCGGCAGCACCGCUUUAUCGGCCCUCUACUUCGAGAAAGACUAACGAAGUUGGCACGCGAGGGCCGAAAUCGGUUGUCAUUUCGACACGGAGACAGGGCACAAACGGAGCAGCAACUGGCUUGGGCUCGGGCUGCGCUGACCGGAAACAGCUCGAAAAUCUCCGGGCACGUCGUGCAGCAAAUCGUCGAAGGAAUCUCGAAGAAGUCCUCAGAGUCCUCAGAGGACUCGAAGAAGUCAUUAGAGUCCUCAGAGGACUCUAAGAAGUCCUCGGAACCCCCGGAUGACUCUAAGCAGUCGUCCUCAGAGGAGUCUACAGGGCCACCAGGCGCCGCAGGCGCUCCCGAGACGCAGGCUCCGACGGCACCAAAUCUCCGAGGCCGUGCCAAGACCGCCGGCCCGGGAAAGGCCACAGACGAGGCGCCGCUGACGGCGCCGAAGGAACCUUCUGCAGAGACCGUUGCGGAUAAACAUCCCGAGAAGACAGAGGUCGUUUCCGAAGAUCCGACGAAAGAUCCGGGAUCCCCCAUAUGA